AUGGACCCCAGGAGGCCAGCCCUCAGGCCUUUCCAGCGGCCUGAGAAACCUGGUCGAGUCCGCCGUCGGAAGACCAGGCGGGAACGUAACGAGGCCCUGGUGGGCAGUCGACGGCCAUUGGCCCAUCAGGAUCCUCCUGUGGCCAGUCGGGAUCCACAUGCUGUUCUCUGGAAUUCUGUGGCCCCUACUGCCCCCAAGCUCGUGGUCAUGACCCAGGGCCGCCUGAGCCGGGAGCACCGGGGGCUCUUCAACCAUGAGGUGAAAUCUCUGGACGUGGCACGGCUGCUUAGUGGGUCCCUGGAGUCAGGCACCCCUGCACUCCCCACCAAGUCCUCCCCAAGCUCAGGUCGGGCCCAAGAACCAGCCACACCAUCAAGGGGCAAGGAAAACCAGGUGCCUGGAGGCUCGGGCCCAGGCCCACCCAGUCCCCCACAGAUUCCUGGCUUGGGGCAGCUGCUGGGGGAGCUGCAGUGCCAACUGAUUCUGCCACAGGCCUUCCCUAGGAGGAACCUAGUACAAGAGGCCAGGGAUGCCAUCGUGGGCACCUUACAGGCCUGCCAUGGCUGCGUGCCUGACCUUACCCUGGUGCUCCAGGGCUGCCAGCUGCACGUGCCAGGGACCAAGCCUGGGGGCCCUGAGAGACAAAGGAUGACACCCUCCUGGAUCAACAGCCCUGAGCAGGCCCCAGGGGAGGGGAGGCAGAGGAGGCGACAGGGGACAAAGGAACUCACCUUUGCCGUGCCUCAUACCUCCAGCACUCCCACUGUGCACCAGGUGAACCUGGCACCACCGAAAGGUCCCUGGCCAGCCUCAAGGUCCUCAGUGCCUUUGCCAUCUGGGGCAGCCUGGGGUCCCCCAACAGCCUUUGAUCUGCUGAAAAGCAUCUGGCUGGUAGCCACACCACCCCCUCCACGGCCUCGGGGGUUUGGUGCACCGCAACCCCUGCCUCAGCCACCAUCACCCUUGUUGCCUCGAACCUCUGCCCUGGAUUGGAGCCCCAGCCCCCCUGCCCCACUGCCCAGCCUCUCCUGGGUGGUGGCCCAGAGCAGCCCAGAGGCCUGGUCUUUUCCACCCAUGAGACUAUACUGA